AUGAGUAAAGUUCAAGUGCCAGCUGUGAGAGAAUCAAUUAGAAACGUGCUCGCUGCUUCUGCAGAAAAAAAUCGAAAGUUUAAAGAAACUAUAGAAUUACAAAUUGGAUUGAAGAAUUAUGACCCGCAGAGAGAUAAACGUUUCAGCGGGACUGUAAAACUUCCAAAUAUCCCUCGUCCAAAAAUGUCUGUCGCCAUUCUCGGUGACGCACACGACUGUGAUCGUGCCAAAGAGGUUGGCCUUGAAUUCAUGUCAGUAGAAGAUCUAAAAAAGCUCAACAAGAAUAAGAAACUUAUUAAAAAACUUGCGAAAAAAUAUGAUGCAUUUUUGGCGUCCGAGUCGUUAAUCAAACAAAUUCCUAGACUUUUGGCUGGAAAAUUCCCAACCCCGGUAACCCACAACGACGAUCUAAAAGCUAAAGCCGACGAACUACGUUCCACCAUAAAAUUCCAACUGAAAAAAGUCUUGUGUCUCGGUGUAGCAGUCGGACACGUGGAAAUGAGCGAAGAUGAACUAGUCGCAAAUAUCAUGUUAAGCAUCAACUUUUUGGUGUCCUUGCUUAAAAAGAAUUGGCAGAAUGUGAGAAGCUUAUAUAUUAAAUCCACGAUGGGCAAGCCUGAGCGUCUAUACUAA